ACAUCUGAAGGGUUUCCUGGCCCUUAUUGGUUGCUGUCUGACGUAUUCGGUAAUACAUGAUCUGUAUUUAUCGAAUUCAUACAACAAUAUAUUAUGAAAUACCGUUAAAAAUUAAGUCAUUCAGAGUUCUCUGUCAAAAGUAACACAAAUAACAGUCUCCCUAAAUUCGUAAUGCAAGAAAUUGUUUUCAAUUGAUCUGUGGAAUAAUACUGGUUUAUUUUGUGGAGUUAACAAUUAUGUUAUCGCAUAAUUCGAAUCACGAAAAAACACCUAUAUGUGAAAAUUUUCCUAGCAAUACAACCGAUGACUUCAUUAAACCUUCUCUACCUCCGUUUAUUUCAAACAUUUUAGACCAGUUAACCGAUGCAGAACUUAAACGUCGUUUAGAAUCUGUCUUGUUAGACAGAGAAUCGGAACUAUUAGGAUCACAGUCAGCCUGUAAGGAUGCACAAAAUGAGGCCGUUGAGUCACGGAAACAGUUAGUCAAACUUGAACUAGAAUUGGCAAAUAUUAAAAGCGCCGCAGAAAUGUUAAUAACUGAACAUGAGGAUGCCUUAUUAACCUUGAAAAGACAGUACGAUGAAGAGUUGUCCUCUCUGCUGAUAGCUUCUGAACAGGGUUAUUUACAUCAGUUUAUAGAUGGUCAGUGUUCAAACGAUACAUCACAUUCAUCACCAACUGAAAAUGAGAAUUGUCCAACCUCCAAAUCAUCACUUCUUAUCACUGAAAAAAAGUCAGCUCAAAGUUUAGCUAAUCAAGCAUUGGAUAAAGUAGAGAAAUUAGUUCGACGUGUUGGUCAUAAAGCACUAACAAAUAAUUUUAUUUUAAAUAAAUCGACUGUUUCAUCAUUUUGGGCAAAUCAUGACAUUUGUUUGAACAAAGAGGAGGAUAAUGAUGACGACUAUAUACGAGCAAUAGUUGAACCUUACGAAACAGAAAUUACACGUCUACAACAAAUUUUGAUCAAUUCUUCGAUUCCAUUCACUAGGACAACAUUACAUCCUAAUUCAGCAACAAGUUAUAAAUUAUCAGAGAAAAUUGUCAGUAAAAUUUUUCAUAAUUCAAAUAUGAAGAUAGAAAGUUCUGGAAACAAUAUUGAUAAUAAUAAUAAUAAUAGUAAUGAUAAUAUGGUUGAUCCUGCUGGUAAUCCGAGUAAUUUAAUUAAGAGAUCAUGUGACCAAAUGACAGAAAAAUAUUCUAUGCACAAAUCACCUGAUAAUUGUAAUGAUCAUAUCAAUUCUGAUGAUGAUAGAAAUACUCAAUCGACUGUUGUCACACAAUCAAUAUGUGAUCAUUCUACAUCUUUUGAAGGGCAAAUCUACCUAACCGAUACAAUGAAAAAUUUACAAAAACAGCUUUCCACCGUUAAAAAUGAAUUAGAUUUGAAAAGCCACGCUUUGAAAGUUGCUACAGAUCGUCAAUUAGAAUUGGAAAAUGCCCUUAAAACUCAAGUUGCUGAACAAACAUCUAAAAUAGAAAAAAUUAGUACAAUUUCUAAUCAGUUGGGUCAACGAUUAGAUGAUUUGCUGUUAAACUACAAAUCUUAUCGUGAGACAACUGAAAAAGAGAUAUCCACUUUAUUAGUUGAGCGUAAAAUUGCUAGUACAAAUCUAGAAAUUCUUCGCUCACAUUAUGAUGCACUGGUUGGUAGACGUUCACAAGCUGCUAUUGAAUUAAGUAGACAACCAAUUCAAUUACCAAAUGAAAAAGAUGAAUUAGAACAUUUGGCGUUGAAAUUAUAUGAAGAAAACUUAUCAUUUCGUGAAGCACGUGAUCAUUUAGAAGAAUGUUUAAAGAAGGAAACUGAAACUCACAGAGAACAGCUAGCAAAUGAACAACAAGAACGUAUUAAUUUUGAAUCGUCAAUUCUACAAGAAUUGGAAGAUGCACGUAGACGUCUAGCUGAUCUUGUCAAUAUUACAACUGAACGUGAUAAUGAAACCGUUCUAAGACAGAAAUGUGAAGAUGAAUUAAAAAUGUCUAAAUCUAAGUUGAAUGAAAUACAGGUGCGUGUUUAUGUAUUCAUAUAGAUUACUACUUUUUUUCUAUCAUUGUCAUAAUAGUUAAUUAGUUAGUCAUAAUCUAUAUAGAACCUAGCAUAAAUAUACAUUGGUCCAAGUUGUCAUGUCAUAUAAGGACGAAUAGCUAAAACAAAAUAAUGUAAUAAAAAUAAUGAUGAGAAAAUCUGAACACUGAAAAUGCAAAUCGAAAAGACGGAAAAUGUAUGUGUAAAGGAAUAUUGGAACAAAUGAUCUCAAUAAUUAUAAAGAGUGAAUGAAUUUUCUCAUUAUUACCUGUUCUAAGCCAUGUGAUCCAAAGUCCUUAACCUCUGAUUGUGGUUAUCGUGUAAACCUCAACCAGAUUUUCUGCGUUUACCAACAUGACUUGGACCGAUAGUCAAUGAUUUCAGGAACUAAUCCCAUAUUUUGGUUUGGCCACCCCCAUAUUUCGUUCAAUUUACUCAUACACUAGUUAACUCUGUCUGUCGUAAUAAUCAAGUACUACAGUCAACGAAGAUUCACAACCUCGUCAACCAAUUAUAUUUAAUCUCUGGGAAUGAUAUAUGGACCAUAACGGGCAACAAUUCAACAUUAUUCACUAUUGCUUGAGGUGACUGUGCAUUUGAAGGUAAAACACCUAUGGACUCAUUGUUUCUCCAGCUUCGACAAAUUACAAAUUCGUCUGAAGCUCGUGAAUUCAAAUUGAUAUAUGAUUAUCCGCUAACACAGUUAAUACAAUAUCUCAAAAUGUUUCUACACUACUUUCAUAUCUGCAUUAUAUGCUGUAAAUAGCCUGAUUUAAGCGUAAAUUUACUUGAAAAACUCUCAAAUGAUUCCACGUUAGAAUGUAACAAGUUUUUUUUCCUUUAGAAUACCUGUGGAUUCCAGAGGUUGCUUCUAGAACGCCUUUCAGUAAUAGCGAUGUGAACGAGCGAUUGACUCAGACAAAAUCUAUAUUCAUGAGUAGAAUAAUUUCAUUUGUUCAAAAAAUAACCUCAUCCUACUAACGGAACAACUUUUUUUUUCAAUGACAUUAAGACUUCAGUACAAUCGUGGAUACUUUAACAAAAUUUGCCCGAUGUCCUUGUCCAACUGAACAAUUUACUCACUUACAUUAGCCCGCAUAUACAUACAUCUUUUACCUACUAUAUUGUCUUCAGACAACACGUGAUCUUCCUGACUUUUCAACAAAUUAUCUCUCUAUAAUUAAAUUAUAUUUAUACAUCUCGUUCUAUUCUUUUUUAAAAAGGCCAAAUAUGAACUGACUGAAACUAAUUUAACUGAAGCUCAGAAAAGAAUUAUUGAUCUACAAGAUCAAGUUAUUCGAUUGCAAAAUGAUUUAGACAAUGUGGAAUCGGUCCAAGCUGAUUUUGUUCGUUUGUCACAAAAUUUACAAGUUCAACUGGAAAGAUUAAGACAACAAGAUCAAGAAGUAAGAUGGAUUAGUCCAGAUGAUGUAACCAACUGUUUUUCGUGUAAUUCAGCAUUUCCAAUUGGACUUUCUAAUAGUAACAGUUCGAAAAAAAUCAAUUGUCGUCAUUGUGGUAAAGUUCAUUGUCCCAAUUGUACAAAGAAUACUAUGCCAGCUGGACCAUUUGGCCAUCCGGCUGUUGUAUGUGAUGUAUGCCAUACAUUGUUGAAUAAAAAUAUUGCUCCGUACUUCAGCACAACAUCAUUAAAUACUAAUAAUAAUGGUAAUAAUAAUCAAAGGGAUCACGUUCCAUCUUCUAAACGUUUCAGUCUGUCAUCCCCUACACAAUCCCCAACUAAUCUAUUAACUAAACCUUCCUAUUAACACUUACUCAUUAUUUAUCCUUUCAUAAUAUUAAAUUACUACUGUUUUGUUUUUGCUCUUUCGUUUAAAUUUCUCUUCUAAUCUAACUGACCUAUAAUAAAUUGUUUGAGCUGUCAUAAAUUAAUUGCAUAAUCUUUACCCUUUUUUACUUCACUUCCUUCACAGUGUAUACACAAAUUAAUUAUCACAUAUUAUUUUGCCUUUCUAUGUAUUUAUUACUGUUUUAAUGUUUAUUAUGUAAUUCUUUGAAUUAUUUCUUCAUGUAGACUUGCACGUGUUUAUGAGAAUCCCAUACGCUAAUGAGUUUGUGUUCAUGUGUUGACAGAAAUCGUCACAUGACCGUAUUUGUGAGUUUUUUUUGUAUGAACUCAAUCAAGUUUGUAUAUUUAUGUUAUGGUUUAUUCAUUUAAAUAUUGACUGUACCAUCUUAUUAUUAUACAUACAUGUCUUUCAAACUUAAUGUUUGUGUCCGUUUAUUCGGUUUUCUUCAUCAGCAAGAUGUACUACUUUGAUUUCAUUUCAGUAGUAUAAAAUAUUUAUUCAUUUUGUUUUGAGAAAGCACACAUUAGUUUGCCUAUACAAGUAUUAGCAUGAAAUUUAUCAAUUAUUCUAUUCAUAUUAAACAUCAUAAGAAACGAUUCCAUUCUUACUUAUUUAUCUAUUUUUUAGAUAUGUUGAUUAUGCUAUACAUGAUCACUUAUCAAUCAUUUUUGACGGUUUAUAUGAUAAUGUGAACAAAACAACAAUGAUGAACAGUUCUUUAGAUUUGUAUGAAUUUAAUUCAUUUCUAACUUUUUGAAUCGCUAGCUGGGAAAACACAGAUUCAACAAGGAUAUUUAAACAUGCAAAAGUGAAACUUGUCCGUCGAGUGUGUAGGUGUGGUUAAUAAAGUGCUCAUUAACUGUUAUAUUUUGGAAGAAUCAGUCAGUAGUGUGAGAUAUUUUCCAUCUAAAUAGUUAAAAAUUGUAUUGUACAUAACUUAAUAAUAAUAAAGAGUAUUUCCAUCUCUUUAAAAUUAAGAUUGUUAUUACAUUGAAUAAACUGAUCUAUGUUUACUUCCUUGUUAAUGUACUUUACAAAUUAAUAGUAUGAAUACAAAGUACAUACUCUGUAGCAUUGUUUAGUGUACAAGUUAAUCUAAUUACCACAGCCUUAUUGUGUUCAUGUGAUGCAUACGUGUGU